AUGGGAUUGUUCACCUACACGGUGGCUGGCGCCGCCGUAACUGCAAUCGGCGCGUGGGAGUCACUCUACCCUGCCCCCGAUCCCCCAGGCCCAAACGCUACGCCGUCGUCCCCAUCGCUGGCCUCUCCGCCGCCGGAAAAUGGCAAAAAAGCCGCUUCGACGGCGUCUUUCUCGUCGACGGUGAUACUCUUAUCGAUUUCGGUUCUCUCCGUCCUCUUCAUCCUGAACUCCUUCAUCUCCCUACACGAUGCCGUGGGCUCCCGCGACACCGUCGGCUUCGCAAUCCAGCUCCAGGUAAUCGCGGUUGCGUCGCUCUUUCUCCUCUACUCCGUGUUGGGCGUUCUCGUCUCCAUAUCAGACUCCUUCCGAUUUCCUCUCCAAUUGCUCAACCUGAUCUACGCGUUCGCAUUCGGCGAGGAGUUCCUGUUGUUCUACUCGCAGAACAAGGAUCCAAGCGGGAUCGAGAACCGCUACUACGACCUCAUCCUGGUCCCCGUAUCCAUAUGCCUCUUUUCGACUCUCCUUGAGCUAAAAAACCCUAAGUCGACUUACCCGAGGCUGGGCCGCGGGCUGGGGAUGGCCCUACAGGGCGUGUGGACCCUGCAGAUGGGCUUCUCCUUUUACUCCAAUUUGAUAGCCAACGGGUGUUCCUUGCACCAGAGGAGCAGGGGCAAUUUUACCAUCAAGUGCCAGGGGCACCCCGAGUACCACCGUGGGCGUGCAAUUGCCACAUUGCAGUUCAACUGUUAUUUGGCUCUAUUUGUGACGUUGGCUGUAGGUUUAUACUCGGUGCUUUAUAAGAAGUACGGCGCCGGGCGGGAUUUUAUGCCGUAUAAGCCAAUUGGGGUUCAGAUGGACGGGCAAUCUCAAUUCACUUUGGAUAGUGAUGAUGAGGACGAUCAGGAUGUGGUGAAGGAUGGCAGGAGUUUGGAGAUGCAGAGUGUUAUUCACGAGCCAACGGUUAAUGGUUAUGGUUCACACGCCUGA